GCUCCGGCGCCCCGCCGCGCUCAGCGGGCGCCCCGCCCCCGGCGUUCCAACGCGGCGCCGGGACAUUCCAACGCCUCCCCACGCGCGGUCCGGGCGUCCCAACGCGUUCCAACGCGGCCCGCGAGCGUUCCAUCGCGCCGUCGCGGCGUCGCAGCGCCAUGUCGGGGCCUAACGGGGAGCCGCACGUGGCGGCGGGCGCCGCCGGGCGGGACGACGACGACGACGGGGACAGCUUCGGGGAGGAAGAAUAUGCAGCAAUAAACUCCAUGCUAGACCAGAUCAACUCCUGCUUGGAUCACCUGGAGGAGAAAAACGAUUAUCUACACGCCUGCUUGAAAGAACUGCUGGAGUCCAACCGCCAGACCCGCCUGGAGUUCCAGCAGCAGCAGCAAAGCGAGCAGCAGAACAUGGAAGAUGAUGAGCAGGGAUCAGAGCCUGCUAUCUAGCUGACUGGCCACACACUGGCAGUUAGUAUCACUAAGGGGACAUUUCCUGGUUGCCGGUUUAACGUAAAACUUGAAUAGAAGAGUACCUCCUGCCCGUUAUUGUCCCUUCCUGUGGUUGUGUCCUGCCAUUCACCUCUAUGUUCUGCAAUAUUCACAUUAGUUGUGAUGUAAGAAAUAUUGGCAGAUGUCUUAGACCAGGCUUUUCUGUCCGCUUCCAAGCAGAUGAGAGAAGCCACCAGUGUGAUGUUUUUGACUGUCAUAAUUGGCAGUUGCCUACCUCCUUAAGCUGCCGUUAAGAUCUCAGGCGUUAGAGGCAUAGCAGACUGGUUAGCUCCCACCACCACGACAGCUGUAUAGAGAAAGGAGAUGGGGCCUGCCUGCCAUGGGCCGUGAACAGUGUCCUCCCUGUACAUUUUGACAGGAGUAUGCAUGAGCUUUGUGGUCUGAAACAUUGUGAACUUGUCAGGAUGGCCUGGGGCCAACAUGGUGAAGUGAGUCUUAUUACAUUGUUCUACUUUUGUACAGUUUGGGGAAGUUAAGGAAGUUAUUUAUAAAAAAGUCUGUUUUAUUAAAAAGUUUGAAACAAAAUUUGUUCCUAAAGUCUCCGAUAUGAAAACAGACUGUCUUAAGUCUUGUACUGUUAACAGAUGACCAAGAUACACAUCCUUGCCUAGCUCAGGACGCAGUCCUGGUCCAGGAGUGUGCAUCCUUGAAAGAGAACUGGUCUGAGGAGCAAAACUGGACAUACAAUCUACAAAAGGUGAACUACCCUUCUGCUCCGAAAGGAAGCAGAGAGGAACUACAGAGGAUUCUUAGGGAAAAAUCAGACUACAUCCAUCCAAUUCCUGAACCUUGUAUCUAUGAAAAUCAGAUCACCACCUUCUUUCAGGUUCAACAACCCAAGCCUCAGUCUUUCCACGGAACUACUGUAUCCCAACUGUACAAGUAAUAAUCAACACCAUCCUGUAUUAGACACGCUAAAGCCAGGCUUAUUUUAUUCUUAAAAUAAAAACAGCAGUAAAGUUGAA